CCUUAACCCUACUACAAACUUCGCAACACACCGCCACCCAACGUCUAUUAACGGCCUUCUCUUCUGUCCAACCACUCCCCGCUAAUCCACCACGAACACUUUUGAGUAUCACAAAUUCAACAUCCCAUCACGGGAAGCCCAAAAUACAUAAUGUCUUAUUACAACUACAACCACCAUCAACCAACAGCAGCCGCCGCGCCAGUAUCCCAUAACCACCAUGGCGGUCGCAACCGAAGAGCACCAAGGCUUUCAGUCUCCCAGAACCCCCAAAAACAGUUCCGUGGUGUAAGAAGCAUGAAGGAACUGAGCGAGUCCGCCUCUGUAUCUGCUUUCCGAACCCAAUUCGAGGCCAGCCGAUCUUUCGACCUGGAAGAUGACAUGGAGUUCUGUCCCAAACUGUUGACGGAGACUGAUCUUGUUUCCAUAAGCAGCGCUUCUUCCGAUCGAUCUUCAUUGUCUAGCAACUCUCCUAAUGCUUCGCCCACCCAACAUCCUCAACAAGUUGCUUCCAACUUCUCCCUCAACUCCACCUCACCAGCUUUCAUUCCUCCCAGUUUCCAAAGCCAUCAUGCCGCCUUGAAGUUGCAUGCGCCUGCCGCCACUCGGGCUCGCAAUGCUAUUCCUAUCAUCAACCCCGCAAAUGGUCUGACAAUGUCGAGCCCGCCACCAUCCGUGUCCCCCGCCCGAAUGCAACAUAUCGGAAGACGGUGGUAGAUGACUGGGUCGUCUCGCUUCCACUCCGGAUGAUGGGAUGACUCAUCAUCUGCACACUCGUUUCCGGUUGUAAUGAACAUCUUCUACACUCCAUUUAGAAGGCAUUCGCUACUGCAUAAGUAGUUGUUCAUCUUGGCGGACACCGGCACGGACAUCA